GUUUAGUUCUGCUGGAAAGGCGUGCAUUUCAACAUGGAGUCUAUGGGAAUUGACUCUCUUUUGGAGCCACCCUCAAGUGGCCACUGGAUGAACUGCAGUUGUUGCCACUUCCGCAUUGGCUUCAUUUCUUCAGCACCGGAGGUUUCGAGACGUGUCUCAGCCUUCAUUUAUUGGUCAAGACCAGGAAGAAGGAUUCAGAAGCACCAGUAAAGGCGAGCCAAGAUGGGAGCUUUUGCUAGCCUGUUUAAAGGCUUGUUUGGAAAGAAAGAAAUGAGGAUCCUAAUGGUAGGACUGGAUGCUGCUGGAAAGACCACUAUCCUGUACAAGCUUAAACUGGGAGAAAUUGUAACCACAAUCCCUACUAUCGGUUUUAAUGUUGAGACAGUAGAAUACAAGAACAUUAGUUUUACAGUGUGGGAUGUUGGCGGUCAGGACAAGAUCAGGCCACUCUGGAAGCAUUACUUCCAAAACACACAAGGCCUUAUCUUUGUAGUGGAUAGUAAUGACAGGGAGCGAGCUGGUGAAGGGAAGGAGGAGCUGAUGCGAAUGCUGGCUGAAGAUGAGCUGGCGGAUGCUGUGCUCCUUGUGUUUGCCAACAAACAGGACCUGCCCAAUGCAAUGAAUGCAGCUGAGAUCACAGACAAGCUGGGCCUACACUCCCUGCGACAUCGUAACUGGUAUAUCCAGGCCACAUGCGCAACUGCCGGAGAUGGUCUUUACGAGGGUCUCGACUGGCUCUCUAACCAGCUAAAGAAAGCAAAAUGAUCCGUCACUCCACCUCCUGUCUGUCCUCUCUGUCUGCAGUGUACUGCUUCCUGGUCUCAUUCUCUCCUUCUCUCUCUUUCCUCUGAAGCGUUGGACCCUUUGCCAGUGCUACCCUGCAUCUGUGUACUGUAGGUGUGUGUUUUUUGGAUAUGUGACAUGUGAGUGGGAGCAGCCAGGUUGGGCAUUGAACACAGUUAACUCUCAAGAAUCUCAUUCCUCCAGUGUCAGCACAUCCAAAGCCACUGGUCUCCACACAGAAAAAAAAGACACAGGCCGCUGAGUCUUGUGUAAUUCUGUUUUUAAAACUGCUAGUGACAUUUAGGUCUUUUAUUCACCUUGCAGAGACACACAGUGCACAUCCCAGUUCACAUUCUUUUGAAAAUGUUGAGUUUUGGUGGAUUUAAGUUGAUUUUGACUGCUGCAGUGAACACUGGAUACUUAUUUAUUUCCUCUCUUUCAGAAAUAUUUGAGUCCCCAAGUCUGUAUGCUGUACUUCCUGUUACAGUCGGAAUGUAUUUAGCCUUUCUGUUUCAUGAAUGAAUGAACUGAAUCAUUUCUUCAGUUUUUAAACUGAAUUCAGUGCCACCUGUAAAUGUUAUCCCUCUUAUGGCAAUAACCUGAUAUAUAUAUAU